AUGGCGGAAGCAUACCAGAAAGAGUUCUUCAACGUUUCGUUUCCGACGGAAUACGUCGCGCAUGUUGAAAUUAACAGGCCGGAGAAGCUGAAUGCUUUUAAAGAGGUCAUGUGGCUAAACCUCUCCUCAAUCUUCCGCCAACUCUCCCACGACCCCUCCGUGCGCGCCGUAAUCCUAACCGGCGCCGGCGACCGCGCCUUCACCGCCGGCCUCGACGUGCAAGCCGCCUCAGAAGGCGGCGCCCUCUCAUCCCAAGCAGACAUCUCGGAUGGCGCACGCAAAGCCAACGCCCUGCGCCGGCACAUUCUGGAAUUCCAAGCCUGCAUCACCGACAUUGAAAAGUGCGAGAAACCUGUCAUCGCUGUUCUGCACGGCGUGAGUUUCGGUCUGGCGCUGGAUAUGUGUCUAGCAUGCGACAUUCGCAUUUCAACGACUACGACUCAUUUCAGUGUGAAAGAAGUGGAUAUCGGACUUGCGGCUGAUAUCGGCACCCUAUCGCGUCUGCCUCAUUCCGUUGGAAACCUAUCUUGGGUCAAAGACAUUGCGUUAUCAGCGCGUAUCUUCGGGUCGGAUGAGGCGUUGCAGCAUGGGCUUGUGUCGAAGGUGUACAAGGAUAAGCAGGAGGCGGUUGCGGAGGCAACUAAACUGGCGGCGUUGAUUGCUUCGAAGAGCCCGGUUGCGGUGCUGGGGACGAAGGAGAUUAUCAAUUACUCGAGGGAUAGGCCGAUUAGUGAGGGGUUGAAUUACACGGCCGUGUGGAAUGCGGCGAUGUUGCAGACGGCGGAUGUUAAGGAUGCUAUGAUGAGUGGGUUGAAGAAGACGUCGCCGAAGUUUAGUAAACUGUAG